AUGUCAGAAUGUGGUUUCUUGAAAUACCCUCUUCCUUUUAACCAUAUGAUGUCACUCUACAUAUCCAAUGGCCAAUUACAAAAGCUUCCUGGAAUUCUUCAGGAGCUGAAAAAGAAUACCUCACCAGAUAUAGUAACUUACAAUCUAUGGUUAAUAGCAUGUAACUCCCAGAAUGACAUCAUUACUGCUGAAAAGAUUAUUCUUGAGCUGAAGAAGAGAAAGGUGGAUCCAGAUUGGGUAACAUUUAGUCUUUUAACCAGUUUGUAUCUUAAAAAUUCACGACAUAAAGACGCUUCCUUGAGUGUUAAGGAAAUGGAGAAAAGGGUUUCUAAAAAAGUCCGUGUUGCUUAUUCUUCAAUUAUCAGUCUUUAUACAAGUCUUGGGAAAAAAGAAUAUGUUGAUCGCAUAUGGAAGAAGAUGAAAUCAACCUUUCGUAAGCUAAAUGAUGCAGAAUAUAAUUGCAUGAUAUCUUCUAUGAUAAAGCUUAACGAGCUUAAAGAAGCAGAGAAUAUAUAUACAGAAUGGGAAUCAGUAUCUAUAACUGGCGAUUCUAGGGUUCCAAAUUUGAUCCUUGCAGCUUACAUCAACAAAAACGAAAUGAAAAUGGCUGAAAACUUUUUUGAAAAAAGGAUGGUUGAAAAAGGAAUUGUACCUAGUUACACAUCAUGGGAGCUUCUUACAUAUGGUUAUGUACAUGAAAAGGAAAUGGAUAAAGUUUUGGAAUGUUUCAAGAAAGCUAUAGGGUCAGUGAAAAAGUGGGACCCGGAUGAAAAGAUUGUUAGAAAAGUGUAUGGAAUGCUUGAAGAAUAUGGUAAUGUCGAGGGUGCUGAACAAGUGUUGGUGACUCUUCGUGAUGCUGGUUAUGUGAGCACAGAGAUAUAUAAUUUGGUUCUUAAGACGUAUGUGAAAGCUGGAAAAAUGCCAUUAAUUGUAGGUGAGAGGAUGAAGAAGGAUAAAGUGGAAUUGAAUGAUGAAACAUAUCAACUUAUAAAGGUGACAAGUAAAAUGUGCGUUAGUGAAGUUUCAACGCAUCUUUAG